GGACGUGAUUGUUUUUCGUUCUACGCUCGGAUCGCCGCUGUUCUCUUUAUAAUUUUUCUAAUUUCUUUUGUAAUACAUAUGUAUAUAUAUGUAUCAGCAUUGCGCAGUGAUAUAAGUAAAAAAUAGUAUAAAAUUGCAUGCGUAAAAUACAUGUAUUUGCGUGCAUAAGUGAGUGUGAGUGUGAUAUAGAAGUAGAAUAAGUACAAAAUGGAUGCGACCAACGAUGAAACUUUCCAACAACAACACCACCAACAACUACAUCAACAGCAACAACAAUACGAGCUCAGCUGGAAGUCGGCGAAUCACGGAAAUUCCUUAUCAGACAGUAGGGAUUAUGAUACAAACUCAACGCGCACUUCGCUAACGGGCUCCCCGCCCAUCACGCUGGACUUUGACGGUUUCGAGGACAAAGCGCUUCUAGCAUCGCUGCUGGCGCCCAAGCUGGAUGCGGAUGUUGGCAGUGGCAGCGGCAGUAGCAGUAGCAGCGGAAGCAUUUACAGUCAUGCGGCUGGGGAGCAACAGGUGCUGCAACCAUUAGGCAUAAGUUUAACACUUGAGGCGGACAAUGCAGUCACAACAACAACAACAACAACAACAACAACUACGUACACAUUGCUGCAGGAGACAACAGACAAGAACAACAUUGACAUAGCUGACGACGCGAUAUUCACAUUAAGUGCACCCCUGUUGCUAACCAGCACCACCACCAACAACACCACAACCUCAUCCACACAUACACCAACACAUACACCCACACCCACAGCCAUCGCCAUGCCCAUACGAUCAGAAAACGCAGCAGCUGUGGGCACAUACAAUGUGGAUGACAUUUGCUUUACGCUGGAAUAUCAAUUUCAAAAUCAAGAGCUCGUUCAGGUGCAGCCACCCACUGUGGUGUCGUUCAGCAUGGUACCGGCAAAUGAAAAUCCUUCGACAACACCAACAGCUAGCAGUGACAACAACAACAACAACAAGAACAACUCAACACCAAAUGCAUCAAGUUCUACUCCUACUACUAUUUCUACUGCAUAUUUCACUGUCGGGACGAGUUUUAUCGAAGAGCAAACAGAGCCCGAUGAGGAAGAUGAGCUGGCUCACUGCAUCCAUCCGGGCGCCUUGCACAAGGACACCGACGAGGAUCAGCUGAUGGCGAUGGCGUACGAGAGCUCCGAUGAAGCUCUCAGCAGAUACAAAUGCAACUAUGAGAAUUGUUAUCGCAGCUACAGCACAAUUGGAAAUCUGCGUACACAUUUAAAGACACACACAGGUGACUACAGUUUCAAGUGCACGGAGGAGGGCUGCAAUAAAGCAUUUCUCACCUCAUACAGCCUUAAAAUUCACGUACGUGUCCACACAAAGGUAAAGCCCUAUGAGUGCGAAGUGAGCGGCUGUGAUAAGGCAUUCAAUACAAGAUAUAGAUUGCACGCCCACUUGCGUCUGCACAAUGGCGAGACAUUUAAUUGUGAAAUGUGCCAAAAGUGUUUUACGACCCUCAGCGAUCUGAAGAAGCAUAUGCGCACCCACACCCAGGAGCGACCCUACAAGUGCCCCGAAGACGAUUGUGGCAAGGCUUUUACGGCGUCACAUCAUUUAAAAACACAUCGGCGUACGCACACCGGUGAGAAACCUUAUCCCUGUCAGGAGGAUAGCUGCCAGAAAUCCUUCAGUACAUCGCACAGUCUAAAGUCGCAUAAGAAGACGCAUCAGCGGCAGCUGCUCAACAAGAGCAAGAAGAAAACCAAGAGGGCACUAAAGCUGCAGGAACAGCAACAGGGACAGCAGCAGCAACAAGUUGAGGAGCAACUGGAACAGGAAUCGGAGGCAGAUAUGGUGCUGCUGAAUCCAGGCAGUCAGAGCUCGGAGACAACGAGCAAUGAUAGUGGAGUUGUGCUGCAGCAGCUGUCCAAUGUUUUUAUGCUGCCCGAGACAUCGCAGGCAUAUCCUUUAUCCUAUGCUGCCGAGGAGGAGAUACCCAGUCCCUGGAUCGAUGCGGGUGUUCUAGCCUCCAAACCCAUUAUGGCUCGGGCACCGUUGACCGAUGCCUGUGUGGUGCUGCCCACCGAAAUGCCCAGUUUUGUGGAUCUAAAGCCAAGCUUUGACAAUGCUAUCAGUGGCCAGAUGGAGGAGCUGGCCAUUCCACCCCCAGCUCCAUUGGAUGUUGAAAUGUUGAAUGACAGGAAUCAAGCGGCAGUCAACUCCACUCUGCCCACGCUGGAGCUGAAUCCGCAGAACAUUGAGGAGCUGCUCAAGGACGAUAGCUAUGACAAUGAUGAGGACAUGGAAACAGAAUCGUUACUCAACGACAUACUCAUGACCAUUGACAACAACAGCGCGCUGUUGCAGGCGACGCUGCAGCAGGCGGCACAGGUGCCCAGCGAUGCAUCCGGCCUGGUCGAGCUGGACAUUAGGGAUAAUAAGCCGACGCUCAAACAGAUCACAGCAGAUGCGGGCAUCUGCAAUUGCACCAAUUGCAAGUGUGAUCAAACUAAGAGCUGUCAUGGCGGCGAUUGCGGCAGCGGCUGUGGAGGUACUGCCACGGCCACGGCCACCACCACACCAACAGCCACACCCACAGCCACUGCAAAGCCCAAACCUAUUACAACAACAACAACGAGCGGAACGAAUAGCGGCAAACGGAUCUGCGGCUCGUCGGUAACCAGCAAAAAAGUGAGUAAACGCCAAGCGGAAAUGAAUCAAAACAUCGAGGAUGUUGCUUUGCUGCUGCAAAAUCUGGCUUCAAUGAGCGGCGGCAGCUGUGGCAAACCAAAGCCAGCUCCAGCUGCAGCAGCUGCUAAUGGUUGUGGCUGUGCACCCAGUGGUGCCGGUGGUGGUGGCUGUGGUGCUCCUCCUCCUCCUCCUCCUCCAGCUCCUGCUGGUUGCUGUGCAAAUCAGCAAGCAAUGACCAUGCCUAGCAGCGGCUGCUGCAGUGCGCCGCCCGUUGUCAGUUCUAGUUGCUGCUCAGCCAAGCCGCUACCGCCACCGGCCAUCACAAACAGCAACAGCGGCAGCAGCGCUUGCACCUGCAAAAGCCCGGCGGAGGGCGUGGCCAAUGGCUGUUGCGUUGUCAUCUGCAUGAAGACAUUGCAAGCUUUGCGCAAAGUUCUGACGCGCCGGAACCUCAAUUUAAUGCUUUGCCCGCAACAGAACUAAUCAAACGCAAAACAGCAACAGAAGAACAACAAAAUUUGCUACAACAACCACUACAACAACAACAAGAAGAACUAUUUGCAGCUGAAAUCCAAAUUAAAAGAGCUUUAGACCUAAAACUUAUAAACAAAGUAUUGUAUUUGUGCCUGUGAGAAAGUAUUCCAUGUAAAAACAAAAAUCAAAAAAGAAAUAUUUAAUUUUGUUAUUUGUUGUUGUUAAUUUGUUAAAUAAAACCAAAUAACCCUUAAUAGAAAAG